CUACUCUGGGAUUUCAUGAAUGGGGAGGUGCCACUGCCCUUUGACCCCGGCGGGCCCCUCACUUCCGGUUGGAGACGUGGCCGCUGCCGCCAUCUUGCCGGCGCUCGGAUCGCCGCAGGUUCGGUUUGUCCGCUCUCGGCCGCCCGGCGACAAUCUCCUCACAGCCAUAGCAACGACAGCAGCAGCAGCAGCAGCAGCAGCAGCAGGCGGCAGAAGGAGAGGCCGACGGUGGACGCGAAGAUGGUGCUGUUGGCUACGGCUGUUUGCACCAAAGCUGGGAAGGCAAUUAUCUCACGGCAGUUUGUGGAAAUGACAAGGACCCGAAUUGAAGGCUUACUGGCAGCAUUCCCUAAACUAAUGAACACUGGGAAGCAGCACACAUUUGUGGAGACAGAGAGUGUGCGGUAUGUGUACCAACCACUGGAGAAACUCUACAUGGUAUUGAUCACAACUAAAAAUAGCAAUAUCUUGGAAGAUCUGGAAACACUCCGUCUCUUCUCUCGAGUGAUACCAGAAUAUUGCAGAGUCCUGGAAGAAAGUGAGAUAUCAGAGCAUUGUUUUGAUCUGAUUUUUGCCUUUGAUGAGAUUGUGGCUCUGGGAUACCGUGAGAAUGUGAACCUAGCUCAGAUCCGAACCUUCACAGAAAUGGACUCCCAUGAAGAGAAAGUUUUCAGGGCUGUUCGAGAGACACAAGAACGUGAAGCAAAAGCAGAAAUGCGUCGGAAGGCUAAGGAAUUGCAGCAAGCUCGUAGAGAUGCAGAAAGGCAAGGCAAGAAAGCUCCUGGCUUUGGUGGGUUUGGCAGUGGAGGAAUCUCUAGUAGCUCAGCAGCAUCCAUGAUAACUGAUGCCAUCAUUGAACCAGAAAAGCCCAAGAUGACGCCAGCAGUAAUGAGACCUUCUGGUCCAAGCAAGGCCUUAAAACUUGGGGCAAAGGGAAAGGACGUGGAUAAUUUCGUAGACAAGCUGAAGUUGGAAGGAGAACAGAUUAGUUCCUCAACAAAACGUACACCAGAAGCAGCUAAAGUGCUGUCACCACCUGUUAAUAUAGAAAGUGUACACCUGAAAAUUGAAGAGAAGAUAUCACUGACAUGUGGUCGGGAUGGCGGCUUGCAAAAUAUGGAGGUACAUGGCAUGAUCAUGCUCCGGGUUAGCGAUGAAAAACAAGGAAGAAUUCGCCUUCAAAUAGAGAAUGAUGACAAAAAAGGAGUUCAGCUACAGACUCACCCAAAUGUGGAUAAGAAACUUUUCACGACAGAAUCUUUGAUUGGCCUAAAGAACCCAGAGAAAUCCUUUCCACUGAAUAAUGAUGUUGGAGUCCUGAAGUGGAGGUUGCAAACUAACGACGACGCCUUUAUUCCCCUUGCCAUUAACUGCUGGCCUUCAGAGAGUGCCACUGGUUGUGAUGUAAAUAUUGAGUAUGAGCUACAAGAGAGCACUCUGGAACUAAACGACGUGAUCAUCUCCAUUCCUGUUCCGUCUGGUGUUGGCGCCCCAUUAAUUGGUGAACUUGAUGGCGAGUAUCGCCAUGAUAGCAGGAAAAAUAUUCUGGAGUGGUGCCUACCUGUCAUUGAUGCCAAAAAUAAGACUGGCAGCUUGGAGUUCAGUAUAGCUGGGCAGCCCAGUGAUUUCUUCCCAGUCAAUGUAUCCUUUGUGUCCAAAAGGAACUACUGCAAUAUACAGGUGACUGGAAUCAGUCAUGUCGACAGCAGCAGCCCUGUGAGGUUCUCCUUGGAAACCAUGUUACUGGUUGACAAAUAUGAAAUAUUGUAAAAAGAAAAAUCAAUGCACAACAGAUAUCCAGAAAUCACAAGAUCAGAUGUUGCUGAACUGCACACCAGUUUGAAGACCUAAACUUCAAAAAUAAAAUUGCACAGUAUUUGUGUAUGUGAAAAAAGGUUCAGAGCGCCUUGACAACAAUGUGGUUUAUUAUCUGUUAUUCAAACCUGGCGACUAUUCUCAUCUGAAAAAGGAGUUUGAUAUUAAUAUUUUAAUUAACCAACAAGUAAACACUUGUCUUUGUUUUGAAAGGGGGGGAUGGAUGGAUGGAUGGGUGGGUGGGAGGGGAUGACGUUUGGUAGCACCUACAGUGUCAUGUAUUUCAGCUACAGCACCUGUUAUUCCCUAUCAUAUUGCCUCCUUGGCUGUAAUUAUUGUUUUAGCCCUUCUGUUGAGUUAGUUACCAACGUAAAGUGACUUUUUUUCUUUUUCCUUUUUUUUGAUUUGGAUGAAAGAUGAUCACAGCAGAAAUUUUGUAACCCUGUAAAGUGUACAAGAGGGAAUAUGACAACAUUCCAGUGUAAAAAGAUUUAACAAAAAAUUGUAAGCUUUAAAAAUGAUUAAAAGUAUAUUAUGAAACUAAAAA